CGAGGGAUCCUUUACCUUCUCCCAAAAGCAAGGAAGUCAUUGCCAUUAGGAACUUCAAAAGACAAACGAACUACAAAAUGGAGAUGAAAUUUCAACUGGGUGAACUACAGGAGGAAGGCGAAGGAGCGCGAAGACAUUGCAAUUAGGCACUGAGAAGGUAGACGAAGCGCAACGUGACCAAGUGUGACUGGUGUGAUCAAGUAGACGGAGCGCAAUAAUGUCGUCCUUCGACUGCCGUUGACUGCGUGAACUACAGGAGAUCGUGAUGGUCGCCGUCGUAUACGCGAAGCGCAAUAAUGUCGUCCUUCCUCGUAUACUGCCGUUGACUGCGUGAACUACAGGAGAUCAUGAUGGUCGCCGUCGUAUACGCGAUUCUCUUCAGCUGCGUCCUCGAGCUCCUUCACGCGAGUCCGGCGAUUGAUUUGGCGACACGCCUUGCGAAACUUGAAGACGGACUCGUAAUUGAAGUUUUUAUCACGACUCACUUGGAGAUAUUAAGUACAACGAACUUAAUACAUGGACAAUAGCAAUAUUACGUUGUAAACGUACAGAAGAUACAAUGUUGAUGUGCUUUUUAAUGAACAACCGGUUAGUUUUUACCUCUAUAGGCUUAACCCUUCAAGUAAUGAAUACGUAGGAUGAUUCAAGUUCAAGUAGAGAUACAACCUGCAAUAUCUGUCUACAACCACCCCUCGUCUCCACAUCUACAUCAGAGUGGUCCUGUACGGAAAAUAAUUGAACUCCAACUCUACAACCAUACCUCCUUACCACAUUAGAGCGGCAUGCUUUAAAUUACGGACAAUCAAGCUCGAACCACAACCAUAAGUGGUUGUAUGAUUGAAGUCUAGCAAGUGCCCAGAGCUAACUGUGUUAAUCCGAAUCCUUUGUUGAGUGCGUGAAUGAAUAUUGAUAGAUAGAGAGGAGGUGAAAUAGUUGGUGCAACAGAUAUUAUAGGUCGUAUCUCUACUUGAAACACUUGAAUCAUCCUACAAGAAUGGUUCGAUUUUGACUUAUCGGAUAACUCGUUCGCACUACAAAAAAAAGCCUGUCGUUGGUUGCUCCACACUAGCUACGAAAAAAAUUCUGCUCGUACAACGAACCAUCCCUCUCCCCACUGCAUCAGAACGGUCUUUACGGAAAACUCAACGAUGUGGGUAUUAAGGCGACGAAGCAAAGCUUUGAGGUAGAGGAAUUUAGGCAGCGAGCGGAUGAGCUCGACUCUCUGGCGGAAACUACACGUCAGAACAGCGAAAAGAACCAAAAUGCUUUGCACAAGAUUCAAAGGACGUUUGCUGAUGCAGGUAUAAUUUUUUUGCAGGUAUCUAGUCAAAGGACGUUUGCUGAUGCAGGUAUAAUUUUUUUGCAGGUAUCUAGUCAAAGGACGUUUGCUGAUGCAGGUAUAAUUUUUUUGCAGGUAUCUAUUCAAAGGACGUUUGCUGAUGCAGGUAUGAUCAUGGUAAAAAGGCUUUGUCUCUGAUCACUUAGGAUGGAAACGUAUGUGACGUGCAAGAACGUAGAACUACCAACUUUCUGUAUCUCCCGUACUAGAGGUUCCUUCCCCUGCUUACAGGAUCAAAAGGUUUUUCAACCUUUCACCCGUUUCCCACCUCCAAGAACUGCAAACUUCCCUAAACAAACUCACCAACAGAAAGGUUCCUUCCUGAACAACUCACGCGCGCACUUUGGAUCCGAUUUGAGAGGGGAGAAGGCUCUGGCCAAGGAGGCCGCACGACUGACGCCCCUUGUGGACCAGGAACUAAGCCAGGAAAACAAGGACACGGUGAAAUCCCAAGUGGAGGUGCUCACCCAGAUUAUGAAAGGGGGUUUAUACGGUUGAUGUUGACGUUAUGAGACUUGACGGUUGAUGACGUAAGACCUUUUAUUUCAUGUUUACGUUAUAAGACUUGACGGUUGAGGACGGUUGAUGAAGUAAGACAUGUUUACGUUAUAAGACGUGACGGUUGAACAAGUAAGACUUGACGGUUGCAGUAAGCCUGUACGGGGAUUUGCAAUUGAAGUAAGAAGAUGUUGACCUUGACGUAGAAGUGCUGGAUUGUUCAAAUAGAUGCAGAAUAUGUAAUGUAGGAGAGGCUGUGUACCCCCUUUCAUACCUUUGCAGGAUCCUGGUUCCGAUUUGUCGAUCGCGAAACUGGGCGAUCGAGCUGAAAGUUUGUUGGCUAGAUGGCACGCCGCAGAGCGACAAGUCCAUGAGGCUGCCAAGCACGUAGUUGCGGAACAGGCAGUGCCAGGCCUAGAGCGGGUGCGGAAGGCAGCUCGCUUGCUGGGCAGACGGAGUGAAAAAGGACUGAGAUGAUAGAAAAUGGAUCAUGGACGUGAUGGGAUGGAACGAUCAGGGUAAGGGUUUCGCGCACGUCCACGUGUAGUGGUCGCCACACCGGAAAGGAUUCUUCAUAAACGCUACGUUUAGACUGGACGAGUUUUUUCACGAUAUUCACUGUACAAGUUUGUCGGACUUCUUGGAUGCAGGAUCAACAACUCAUUGAUGGAGGCUCGAAGAUUGUUUUUUCCCUACUCAUUACUUCAGAUUCAACUUGUGACGAGGAUCAAUGUUGAAGAAGGAAAUGCUGAAAAGAGUCGGACAAACAGAGCGUUCGCCACCACUUCAAUGUGGG